AUGAAGAAAGGAGCAAAUAUGGCCGGGCCGAUCCCGAUGACUGACCGGAACGCAUCUAUGGUCGGCCGUGUUCCCUCUGGACCUCUCUCCUACAACCCUCCAUCCCAUCCCACCAUCCAUCACAUCCCACUUAUCUUAAAGGAGGCUUCAAAGGAGGUCAAGAAAAUGGCCGACAAAACCAAAUCACGGCAUAGGCGCGCCCACCGGCUGGAAAACACUUCAUGGAGCUUCAUUAACACACUUCCAAAGGAAGAGUACAAAACGAACGAGUCAAUCUCAAGGAUGGCCAAGAAACCUCUCCAUGGAGCCGAUUGGACCACUUUGUGA